GCGAAACGAAAAUGCAGUGAAAAACAUUCAUGUUUUGUUGAAAUAGAAACACAAGAACACAUAGCUUUAUCUCCAUAUUAUAUUGGCCGUAUUAAACACGGUGUUCAAGAGCAAAUUGAACAUAAAAUACAACGUUGGAAAUUUCUUGAUGAAUAUGGCGGGAUUAUAGUUGCUUAUGAUAAUAUAAAAGUACUGCAAAGAUCAGCAGAGAUUUAUGAUGAAUCUCCAUUGUUACAUUUUGAUAUUAAAGUGAAUUAUAUCAUAUUUAAACCAGAGAUUGGAAAGAAGUUAUUUGGUGUAGUAAAUAGAUAG